CUCUCUUCCAACGUUUCUCUCCUCAUCCUCAUCUCAUCCAAGGCACCAACCGGCUGACGUGGCCCCUUGUCCAGCCGCCAUUCUCGCUUUAUCACACAGCCCUUUUUCCCACUUGUGAUAGCGAUUGAACUGGUUCUUGAUCGGGUGAUCCUGAUAAACUCCUGUGGCGCCUGUUGGCUGAAAGCUUGUUCUUGUUUCUUUCUCCCCCCCUUACACGUUUUGUCGGAGCUGAUAUGCUGUCUUAGGGUGGACGGCUUUGUCACUUUCUCUGGCUCUGUGGAAUCCGACUGUCCUCUUUCUGUUUUCCGCAGUCUAUCCGCCUAUCUUACAUCACAGGAGUUCGCUUGUCCAUGAUGGAUUUCCAUGUAGCAGUUUAUGGAGACAGCGCCUCCGCAGUCUCGGCGCCUUGAGACCGACCUCGCAGCAAAGAAAUUAGACCAAAUGUCCUCAUGUCCAAUCCUUCUAGUGAAGUGUGGUGGCCGUAUUCUUGACUGGAACUAUAUCGUUCGCGUGUCAGCCUUUUUAGCACUCACGCCUUGGGCACAAUGCCUAAAUAUGGGAUUGCAUGAACUAGGAGAUCGAGAUUACUCAAACAAUGCCCUGCCACUAUACCUCUACUCAAACAGCAAGAUGGCGUCAUUAGAAGAAUAUUGCGGUCUGCUCUAUUGUCUCACUAAGGGGCGGCGGUUUCAAUGCUCAGACCCCAAAGACAAGGUUUAUUCCCUCCUUGGCCUCCUGGGAAAUCACACCAAGGGAAAGCCGCCUCUGCGACCUGUUUAUGCAGACCGCUCGGUUGUCGGCACCUAUGUUUUCACGGCGAGUAAGAUAUUGGAAGACGCAGACAAUCUUUUGCUUCUGGCUCAUGUCGGGGGACAAGACUUCCAAAUUGUAGAGGGUCUCCCAUCCUGGGUUCCGGACAGGUCCUGCAUGAGGGGCCUAGACCUUGGGAUUGUCGGGGUGGUCUCAGAGCAAGCAGAAUUAGCGGCGAACUCGGCUAGCGGUAGCCAUUCAGACCAGUCGUCUUGCAGGUAUGAUAUAUAAGCACGGAGGUAUUGCUCCAGGGCAGCAUUGGUCCUCUCGGUCUGGCCAUCAGUCUCAGGAUGGUAUGCGGUUGAUAGCAGGCCAUGGAGUUUCCAGACAUUGCAGGCCUACAGGCGCGCCACUUCCUCGGCAUUGCAGG